UCUUUGGCUUCUAAACAGAAGGGAGCACACUCCCUCCGUGUCAGUUUGCAAGCAGAGCAGGGGCUGGCUUUAACACCGGGAAACACUGUAGCCGGUGAUGGGUAUGUCAUUUUUAAUUCACAGGAAAAACUAUUUCCUUCUCUGCCUUUAUGGUUGCAAUUGGGACGAGGAGGGAGAGGGAGAUCCGAAAUUGCCAGAUACAUUAAACUCUUUAUUAUUGUGGGAGGUAUAUUUUCAGAUAACUUUUACUUGGACAAUUGGUAAAACAUCCCUGCAUUUAAAGCGGUAUUUCCCAGAAAACGCUAACAUGGCAAAGCGGCCUCAGGGAAGCGUUAAGCAGGAGGUGGAUUGACCUUUUAAUUCUCGAUCGGUGACCUGAAGGGUACCCAGAGGCUGCUAAACACAUCUCUUCCUUUCGGUCUGCUUCAGAAAGAGCUGUCAUCGCAAGAUGCAGCUAGUGAGUGAGGCUCACGAUUUCGCUGUUCAUCCGUUUGCAGGAGGGGUGGGGGAGGGAGAAAAGAAAAAAAAUAUAUAUUUCCCACACUGCUAGAGUAAUGCCAAACUCUCCGUGAGUGGGAAGAGCAGAGCAGAUGCUGGAAUGAGAUGCCAAAGCAGCUCCCCUUUCCCCUGCGCUUUUGGGUGCCUAUAAAUUGCUCCAGCGCGCUCGUCAGCCUCCUCCUCUCCUGGCAGGUGGCACCCGGGCAGGAUCCCGCUCUCCCUUCGGCUCCGGCUCCGGCGCGGGCACUGGGCGGCGGGCACCGGGGCGGCCGGGAGGCGCGUCCCCGCUGAGGACUGUCGUCUCUGCGAAGAGAGAGAGAGAGGGAGGGAGAGAGAGAGCGAGGAGCCGAGCGGGGCGAUCGCGAGAGGAAAGGCAAGUUCCAGGGAAAGUUGACUCGGACUGGCACAGCCUGCAAAAAAAAAAAAGUCGAUCGCCAGCGGGAGCAUAAAAGUGCGGGCGGCCGGGGCGCGGCGGCAGGUCUCCCUCUCCCUCUCCCGCUCCGCUCCGCUCCCUCGCCCGCCCGGCGGCUGCAGCGGCCGCAGCGGAGCGCCGCGACCCGCGGGAGCCCCCGCAACACCGGCGGCCCUCGGGAGGGCGGCCGAGCCCCAGGGGAGCCGAGCUCGCGCGGGCUCGGCUUUUUUUCGGCUCUGAGGAGGAACCCCGCCAACCAUCAAGAUUUUGUCCAAAAGCAGACAAGAGGAUCGCCCUGCGCUGAGCCGGCUGGUGGGCAGCAGGCGGCGGCUGAUCGCGGCCGGCGCGCUGGGGGUGGUGAUGGUGCUGCUGCUGGUCAUCCUCAUCCCGGUGCUGGUCAGCUCGGCCGGCACCUCGGCGCACUACGAGAUGCUGGGCACCUGCCGCAUGGUCUGCGACCCCUACGGCGGCACCAAGGCUCCCAGCACGGCGGCCACGCCCGACCGCGGGCUCAUGCAGUCCCUGCCCACCUUCAUCCAGGGGCCCAAGGGGGAGGCCGGCCGGCCGGGCAAAGCGGGGCCGCGGGGCCCGCCGGGGGAGCCGGGGCCGCCCGGCCCGGUGGGGCCGCCGGGUGAGAAGGGCGAGCCGGGGCGGCAGGGCCUGCCGGGCCCCCCCGGGGCGCCGGGGCUGAACGCCGCGGGGGCCAUCAGCGCCGCCACCUACAGCACCGUCCCUAAAAUCGCCUUCUACGCCGGCCUCAAGCGGCAGCACGAGGGCUACGAGGUGCUCAAGUUUGACGACGUGGUCACCAACCUCGGCAACCACUACGACCCCACCACGGGCAAGUUCACCUGUUCCAUCCCCGGCAUCUACUUCUUCACCUACCAUGUGCUCAUGCGGGGCGGCGACGGCACCAGCAUGUGGGCCGACCUCUGCAAGAACAACCAGGUUCGAGCUAGUGCGAUUGCUCAGGAUGCUGACCAGAACUACGACUAUGCCAGUAACAGCGUGGUUCUUCACUUGGAGCCAGGAGAUGAAGUUUACAUUAAAUUAGAUGGAGGAAAAGCACAUGGAGGAAACAACAACAAAUACAGCACAUUUUCUGGAUUUAUUAUUUAUGCUGACUGAUAAUGAGUAAAAAGACCCACCAAACCAAUCGAGAAAUGAAGCCUGCUCUUCUAAGCGAUGGAUUUGCGUGGCAAAAGUCAAUGAAACAAGCACCCCAGCAGAGAGUGACACCGAACACCUCAGCAGCGGGGAAAAAAGUUGAAUGCUACCUGAUUCACAUCUGUGCAACACAGAGAAACCUUAUGUUAAAAAACCACAAACCAAGUCAAACAGAUGUGCGAUCCACUUCCGCCAAAGCAAAUACUUCCUCAUUGUUAGUGUCCAUGUGAAUGAAGUUCUACAUAGAGCAAAUUUUUAUAGGGAAGAAAAGCCCACCUAAGGACGCUGAGUUAUUUCUUCAGUGUAUAUGAUACUUUGAUGUGUUAUGAUCUUGCUGCUUUAUCCAUACUUCAGCUUUGGUUCUUGUGACUUACCUGCUAACAAUGAUGCUUGGAGUCCACUCAUAGUGUGGUGAGGAAUGAUUUUACAAUAAAAGGAAGAGGUAAUCAAAAUAUA